GCGCUCAGAGGUAUAUAAGACCCCCGGCAAUAGGGUUAUAUUGCGGCUUCACAUCAGUCUCUUCUCUUGUUGACCUUCCAAAUCUCCACACAUACCGUCUAGAGAUGGCACCAAAGAAGGCCAAGAGGAGGGGGGGAGCAACAGACGGCGGUUCCUCCAAUGUGUUCUCAAUGUUUGAGCAGAGCCAGAUCCAGGAGUACAAGGAGGCUUUCACAAUCAUUGACCAGAACAGAGACGGUAUCAUCAGCAAGGAUGACUUGAGGGAUGUGUUGGCUUCAAUGGGCCAGUUGAACGUGAAGAAUGAGGAGCUGGAGGCCAUGGUGAAGGAGGCCAGCGGGCCAAUCAACUUCACCGUCUUCCUCACCAUGUUCGGGGAGAAGCUGAAGGGUGCUGAUCCCGAGGACGUCAUCGUUAGCGCCUUCAAAGUCCUGGACCCCGAGGGUACCGGUUUCAUCAAGAAGGACUUCCUUCAGGAGCUCCUGACAACUCAGUGUGACAGGUUCACUGCAGAAGAGAUGAAGAACCUGUGGGCCGCCUUCCCCCCAGAUGUGGCCGGCAACGUAGACUACAAGAACAUCUGCUACGUCAUCACACACGGAGAGGAGAAGGAGGAGUAAAGAAAGAAUUAGAAGACAAGAAAAAGAAAACAGCUUCCCUUUGCCAUCCUACCUUUCCUGCUCCUCUCUUUUUUCUUUGCUAUUCUAUCCCGCCUUUCUUUUCUUUGUGUGUGCUCAUGGGCUCCGCCUCUUUCACACAGAUUCUCUAUAAGAUGUGUCUCUGCUCUGAGACAUUCGUGUGAGAGUGUGGCUGCUUAUGGGUUGUCUUUGUCUGUUUGUGGGGAUCAGGGAUUAUUUUCAAUAAAAAUGAUCUUUCAACAUC